ACCAGCCACCGAUAGAUAUUUGUUUUCUGUUUUGAAUGUAUUUCCAAGAUUUGGUCCGUGAUAUGCCGAUGGCGCGAGCCUGGAAGCCCCGCGUUUUUUGACCCCACCAGGAAAGAUCAUGACGAAAUUGUAUAUUAUUGAUAACGAUCCCUUUAAUAUUUUUAAUGAAUGUCCUUCCUACAUCACCAUAGAUUUCUCAACACCAACCUUUCAGCUCAACUGCCAUGGCUUCAGGACAAUCAACUAUCCGAAUUGGCUACGUGCCAGAACACUACCUCGCCCCGCUGCACUUGGCCCUCCGCUCCCCGGCAGUCAACUCCCCCACCUUCAAACUCGCCCUGACCCCAUUUCCCUCCGGGACAGGGCAUAUGAUUACAUCGCUACGUUCCGGCGAAAUUGACCUCGCGAUUGGACUCACAGAGGGGUGGGUCGCCGGGCUCACAGGCAAACAGGCACCCGCCGACGAGAGCGAGCGUGGAUACAAAGUCGUCGGCCAUUGGGUUGAUACCCCGCUGCGCUGGGCAAUUGUCACGGGGAGAAAGAGGGAUGAGUUAACGGAUGUGAAGGGCCUAGAGGGGGGGCGAGUCGGAGUUAGUCGGUUGGGGAGUGGGUCGCAUAUCAUGUCAUUCGUUCUUGCGCAGCAACAAGGCUGGAAAUCAUCUUCGUUGACACCCGUUGUCACAGGUCCAUUUGGGGCUCUACGGGAUGCUGUCACGGGCGAAAACGAGGCAAAGAGCCCAUCGGCGGAGUUCUUCAUGUGGGAACAAUUCACCACGAAGCCUUAUUUCCAUGCUACAAGCGACAACCCUGAGCCACCGCUCAAGAAGAUCGGGGAGAUCUUUACUCCCUGGCCAUCCUGGAUGGUGGUUGCAUCGACGGCGGUGUUCCCGGACCCAGAGGGCGACGAGCGGUUGAAGAGGCUGUUCGAGGUUUUUGAUGCGGGCAUGAAGGAGUUCAAUGCGGAUCUGGGGAGGGUUGUUUCCCUCUUGGGCACUGGGGAGUUGGGGUGUACCUAUGGACAGGAGGAUGCGAGUGAGUGGAUUAAGGAUGUCAGGUUUAGUGAAGGGACUAGGGGUGUUGAUGGGAAGGUCGUCGAGAGUGUCGUGGAUGUCCUCAAGGUUGCCGGAGUUAUUGAUUCAGGGUUGCAGAAUGAGGAGGCCGUGCGGAGGGUGGUGGGUAUCCAGAGGUGAAGGAUGACCUGUCUGUGACUUGCUGAAGCUGUCAGCUGCAUUAAGGAACCAAGAGUCAAGGGAUAACUACCGUAUCCCUUUGACGACUCCAUGCACAUUCCGACUACACCGGUCCGCUUUUUAGUAGAGUGAAGAUACAUCUUCUACCAAGUAGCAUUCUUAGGAAGCUC